CUCAGAGUUCAUCGUGUUGUUCAGGUGAACGACGCAGUCGGGCGUGAAUGGCCAUGGAUUUACUUUGUGACUCUGGUGAUUCUCGGCUCGUUCUUCGUGUUGAAUCUCGUUUUGGGUGUGUUGUCCGGAGAAUUCUCCAAAGAACGUGAGAAAGCUCGAGCUCGCGGUCUUUUUCAAAAAUUUCGCGAGAAACAACAACUGGAAGAAGAUCUGAAAGGAUAUCUGGACUGGAUAACUCAAGCCGAAGACAUCGAUCCUGUGAAUGAUGAGCAAGAGGAAGAACCGCAGGCAACAGCUACUGGUGAAGAGGUUGAUGAAGAAGGCGAAGAACGAACUGAGGAUAGCCGACCGUCCAAAUGGCGAAGCCGAAUGAAACGAUUCGAAAAAACGAAUCGUCGUUGUCGUCGAGCUUGUCGUCGUUUGGUCAAAAGUCAGACGUUCUACUGGCUCGUCAUUCUGCUUGUGUUGCUCAACACCCUCGUGCUCACCUCAGAACACUACGGUCAAAGCGAGUGGCUCGAUGAUUUCCAGACAAUGGCUAAUCUGUUCUUUGUGAUACUGUUCUCAUUGGAAAUGCUUCUGAAGAUGUACUCACUCGGGUUCACCACCUACACCACUUCACAGUUCAAUCGGUUUGACUGUUUCGUUGUCAUCAGUUCCAUCAUCGAAUUUGUCUUGCUGUACUUGCGUUUGAUGAAACCACUUGGAGUGUCUGUGCUCCGUUCCGCUAGGCUUUUGAGAAUUUUCAAAGUAACGAAAUAUUGGACUUCACUGCGAAACCUCGUCUCAUCGUUGUUGAACUCGUUGCGGUCGAUUAUGUCACUGUUGUUGCUGCUCUUCUUGUUCAUCGUUAUCUUUGCCCUCCUUGGAAUGCAGGUGUUCGGCGGAAAGUUCAAUUUCAAUCCACAACAGCCGAAGCCGCGAGCCAAUUUCGACACCUUCAUUCAGGCUCUGCUUACAGUGUUCCAGAUCCUCACUGGUGAAGACUGGAAUACAGUAAUGUACAAUGGUAUCGAAUCGUUCGGUGGAGUAGGUACCUUAGGCGUCAUUGUUUCCAUAUACUACAUCGUACUAUUCAUCUGCGGUAACUAUAUCCUUCUGAACGUCUUCUUGGCUAUCGCUGUCGAUAACCUGGCCGAUGCAGAUAGUUUAACGAAUGCUGAAAAGGAGGAAGAGCAACAAGAACUAGAUGGUGAAGAAGAGUACGAUGAAGAAGGUGAAGGAUUCGGUGAAGGUGAUGAAAGACUGGACAUGGAAGAGCAGGAACCCGGUGAGGAACUGGUAACGCCUCGACCUCGGCGUAUGAGUGAACUGCCACAGGUCGCACCCCAUAAACCGAUUCCGAAAGCAUCAUCGUUGUUCAUCCUCAGUCACACGAAUCCGUUCAGGGUAUUCUGUAACAAGAUCGUCAAUCAUACCUACUUCACCAAUAGCGUUCUGGUAUGCAUUCUCGUCUCAUCCGCUAUGUUAGCAGCUGAAGAUCCCCUUGAGGCGAACUCUCGACGAAAU